GUUUUUUUAAAGGUAACUUAAUUACUUUUUUGUAGCAAAAUGUUUUAUAAUUAGAUUCAUUUUCAUGUUGUGAAGAAUGCAACUUUCUACAUCAGAUGAAAUGUAUGUUAAAGAAAGCAUUAAAAAUAAGAAUAAUAAAUCAUACCGCUCUUCAUUGCCAGAACCUCCGCCACCUAUUAUGAAUAAGCCCAAUGCUAAAAAGUUGUUAUCAGAUUCAGAGAUUGAAGAAGAUGUUUUUUCUGCACAUUUUAUUGAUAAACACAAUAAAACCAAGCAAAGUUCACAUUGUCAAAGAGUUUCAAGUUUUAAUGUGAGUAGUUUGGUUUUUACACCACUGAAUGUUAAUGUGGAAGUCUUUUUUAUUAAUUUGUUUUUGUUCUCAAAUAAUUGUAAAAGAUAAGUAUAGUAGAAUAGAAAUGGAUUAUUUAUAAUAUUGUGAUCUGAUAAAUCAUGUGUGUAGCAUUUGGUCAACAUUACCUUUAGU